AUGGCAGCAACCCAGAAGCUCUAUCCGCGUGGCACUGUCAAGCGCAUUGUCAAGGCGCACUCAAACCGGAGUGUUAGCAAAAAUGCCGAUAUCCUUGUCCGUCGUAACCCCGUCGCAUUACAACGGUAUCCCAUGGCUAAUCAACGUGUUUGGGUGAUAGAUCUUUUUGGACUACAUGCUGUUUAUGCAAGAGCUGAUGCGCGAGGCUUCGAUCCGUUCGCGCAAGUCAGGCGAGAAAAAAACAUCUCGGCCAACACAGUGCGCAAGGUCACUGAGAAAACCUUGCGCAAGUUCCAAGGGUAA